CAAUUCUUCUUCGAACUCUUAUAUCCCGACACGGAACCUUUUCCUCCCCUCAUGUUAUUCUAACCUCUUCGACUACAUACGGCAGAUCACGGAUCACUCAAAAUGCGAAAGGUUUUGGCGGGGCCGGCUGAUCGUUUGCCAAGACCGCCAUAUGACGCCGAGAUAGACACUAUAUUCAAGGCACUAGGUGGAAUGCCAGAGCGAUAUGAGGUUGAGAAGCUUCGAAAGGACGCGCUGGCGAGAACCCAGCCCCUCACCAACGCUCUGCUUGCCGACAAGAGCAUUACCGUCGAGGACAUUUCCAUCCCUGGGCCUCGCCAGGAUCUGACGCUUUCAGUUGUACGACCGGUGGCAACAUCGACGUGUGAUAGUCACCCGUGCAUCUUCUAUAUCCACGGUGGCGCGUUGGUCGCGGCGGAUCGCUUCGCUGGCUUGGACACCAGCGUCGUGUGGGCAAGGGAGUUCGAUGCCAUCACUAUAAGUGUGGAGUAUGGACGUGCGCCAGAGAACACGGGGACGCAACCUGCAGAAGACUGCUACGCGGCGCUACAAUGGGCUGGUAAUCAUCUUUCGGAAUUGGGUAUCGAUCCCGAGCGUCUGCUCCUCUAUGGCACCUCGGCCGGGGGUGGUUUAGCGGCGGCAACUGCCCUGAUGGUACGCGACAAAGGCGGCCCGAAACUAUGCGGGCUUGUCCUCGAAUGCCCCAUGCUCGACGACAGGAAUGAAAAGGUUUCGUCUCAGCAAUUCUCCACAGGCCCCUUUUAUAACUCGACCCUAAACCGUUUUGCAUGGAGGUGUCUCCUCGGCGAGCGUGCUGCAGGCAGCUCAGUUAGCCAAUAUGAAGCGCCCGCACGGGCACAUGAUCUAUCGAGACUCCCCCCUGCGUUUCUCGAUUGCGCAUCCGCCGAGCCUUUCCGAGACGAAAUCGUAGCUUUCGCAUCUAAACUGUGGGAGGGAGGUGUGCAGGCUGAGCUUCACGUGUGGCCUGGUGGACCCCACGGGUAUGAACGAAUUCUCCCCACCGCACCUUUCGCGAUACUGGCGAGACAGACCAGGCUGGCCUGGAUUCAGAGGAUAUUCUCUUAGACUCUCUGAAAUCUU